CCGGUUGACCAGACAGAUGUCUGGUCAGUCUGUCGAUAGCGUAUCGAUACCAGCUCUGACCAUCUCUAGUGUCAAGAGAUUUGUUUGUGCGUAGAAAGGAAAGUAAAUCGCUGAAUUGGAAAAAGAUAGCGAACCGCGCGUCCCGAACACCAGCAAACUGCCAAAGAAGACACGAGACCGCAGCAGCAGCAGCAGCAGCAUGGACAUCAUGGACAUACAGGCCGUCGAGUCCAAGCUGAGUGACGUCACGGUGACACCAAUUCCACGCUCCCAAGUGCAGAACUUCUACAACUACCAGCAGCAGCGGGAACAGCGCGAGCAGCAGCCUCAAAUCCAGAUCUCAGCCAUCCACCAUUCGCGCAAUUCUGGCUCCAACUCCGGUUCCGGUUCGGCCGGCCAGUCGGCCACGGAUUACUCAACGGGAGGCAGCAGCGGAAAGCGGGAUCGCUCCUCGGCCAGCGACUAUAGCAGCAGCAGCAAGCAGAGCUCUGCGGCAGCAGCGAAUGCAGCCGCGGCCGCCGCUGUUGCCGCUUUGCAGUACUCACCGCAGUUCUUGCAAGCCCAGCUAGCGCUGCUCCAGCAGCAGUCCAAUACCACAGCCACGCCGGCAGCAGCAGCCGCGGCGGCUCUCUCGCUGGCCAACAUUGCGGCGGCCACCAACGGAGCACGCAGCUCGGGCGGCGUGGGCUCCAACUCUAGCAGCAACAGCAAUGGCAACAGCAUGGGCCUGGGCCUUAACCUGAGCGCCUCCCAGCUCAAGUACCCGCCUCCCUCCACGUCCCCGGUGGUGGUCACUACACAGACAUCGGCCAACAUUACCACACCACUGACAUCUACAGCCAGCCUGCCAUCGCUGGGCACUGGCAAUGGGUUGACCAAGUACGCCCAGCUGUUGGCUGUCAUCGAGGAGAUGGGACGCGACAUUAGACCAACGUAUACAGGGUCGCGCAGCUCCACCGAGCGGCUAAAGCGUGGCAUUGUCCAUGCCCGAAUUUUGGUGCGCGAAUGCCUGAUGGAGACGGAGCGAGCGGCGCGUCAAUGAGAGGAGGAGUCCCUGGCGCCGCAUCUGGCGACGCCGGAUUGAAACGGCCAGGCGUCGUCCGUCAAUGACUAGGUUAAUCUCCUUACCAGGGUGGGAUGUGUCGAUAAUAACGAUGAUAUAGGGAAUCUCAAGCAGGAAAGACCAGUUUUCUUAUUUUGAAGUUGAUCAAAUUUCGAUUUAGUCCCCCAAAAGGAAAUUAUUGUAAUAUUAACUCUAGAAAACGUUGAUUUAUCCUUGGAAAUGUCCUUGUAAUGCCCAAACAUGAUUUUGUUGUGUCGAAAGAGCUUUUCUGUUUACAAAUUCCUUUCAUAAGUAAAUGAAAUUAAAACCUUGUAUCCGGGAAUCGACACAUCCUAAUCCCAAUGUUCCCCAAACAAAAACUAAGCAUUAAACUGUAGCGAUAUACUUGAAAUAACUUGUAAGAAACCCCCACUGACCUGACCUGACCUGACCUGACCUGACCUGACCUGACCUGAUCCCAUUUCCAACUUGAAUGGCUUUCGGGCCGCUGCCGGACCAUAGUUAAAGAAUGUUUAGACUAGCUCAGGUUACGAAUCAGUUAAAUAUAUAAACGCUAUAUGCUCCUUUCGUUCACUUUAUACCACAAUACAUAUACUAUACACAUAUAUAUAUAUAGGUAUAUAUAUAUAUGAAUCUAACUGUAAUCGUAGGUUUAAGAGGAGGCAAGCACCUGCCGCUGCUGCCCAGAGAUCCGUGUGCCUGUGCGUAGAGUGUGCAGUGUGAAUGCGAAGGAGCGGAUCAGCCACACGGCCAGUAGGAUCGUUCGUCACUGCCGCCGCCUGGGGCUGUCCCUCCUCGUUAUUUUAGAAAACUAUACAAAUUCAAAUAGAGAUAUAGCAGAUAGAGAGAAAGAGAUAUAUGUAUACAUCUGUUAUGCAAGCAAACAAACACACAAGCCAUGUGCAUGAUGACGAAUGGUGAACCUGCAACAAAUUUAGUGGCAAUUGACACGGAGAAUCUUUAUAAUAUAUACAUCUAUAUAUGCAUAGGACAACAACUUGUAUAUUUACUGAAUGUAUGAGACGAGCAAAUACGACUAAGUUCAAGCCUGUAUACCAAACCGAAACUGGACAUCCAAAUCGAAAUAAAUGCGCAAUUUUGGUUUUUGUAA